UUCAGCUCAUGUUUGGAGGUCACUGCUCCCUCUAUGCAAAUCAACCCUCUGCUCCUCAAGAGCCCUCUGUUCUGCUCCGGGGUCAGUGCCGAGCGCUCAGGCCGCGGAAACACCAGCGGUUGUCAGGGAAGCUCUUGAGCAACAAGCCUGUGAUAGACCUUACGAUAGAGGAAGAGAAGGAGGAGGAGGAGGUGGAGGAGGAGGAGGGAGGCAGAAUCUCAUUAGAGUUCCUCCUCGAUGAAGAAGGUACAUUGUGUGGAACUCUGGAAGUUAGAUGUGGAAAAUAUGCCAUGUGAGCGGUGCCAAUAUGCUAAAAGAUGCCUAUACGCGCCCUCAGUGCGCUCAGCCGGUGAGUAGCUGCAGCCGGCGGCAUCAUUAAGCAGCAAACAUGUGCGCACAGGAACAAGCUCGAUUAUUAAUGUGGGUAUGACGAUCACAAUAGGCUGCAGGUAGGGGCCAACGUGUGCGCCAUGACGCGCCUUCUUGGCCAACAUACACUCUGUUUGCGUACUGUUUAUGUUCAUUACGUAGCGCUCCAGACGCCGAUAGAAAGUUUCCCCUUUCAGAGGCCGCCAGAGCAAAACUGAGAAGAAAAAAAAAUCAUUUAAUUGGCGCGGCGGAGCUGCCUCUGAAGCGUGCAGAGACCUGAAACCUGAAACUGGAGUGUAACCGAAGGUAAAGAGAGCAAACAGGAAACAAAGCGAGGAGACGUGAAACGCGCUCGGGGUAAUCCCGUGCGCAAAUGUGACAUGCUUAGGAAAUAAUAAAAAGUUUUGGGUCGGUCAGAAGGGAGAGUGGUGAGCGCAUUGGUGCGCUCUGGGAACCAUCCGGACAAGAGCUGAGAGACGGAUAUUCCCUGCCUAAGGACACACCCUCCAUGCUCUCUCUCUCUCUCUUUCUGUCUGUCUCCCUCCCUCAUUGUUUCCCACACUGACUCUGUCGCCGCCGGGGCUUCGUAUCGGGUUAAUAAACGGCCAAGCAGCAGCUUUGGAUGAGAGGAGCGCAAAGUGGAGAGACGCAACUUCUCAUCACGCUGAAUAUUAUUGGUGUGGGUUUUUUUUUCUUUUCAGUUUUUUUGCGCGUGGACCAGGCUUGAAGAAGAGCAGGGAGAGUGUCAGCUAAUUGGGAUGAGAGUUCAAGUCAAGUGAGCCGGCAGAUUGGACCUUUAAAGCCUCUUAACGCAGGUGGUGGGAGGAAUACGGCGCGGAGGGGAGUGUGUUUAUGCGCCGUGUGUUUGUGUGUUUGUGUGCAUGUGUCGCUCCCAGUGGAAAAUCCACCCUGGACCCCGAUCAGGUGUGUGUUUGUGUGUUGUGUGGUGAGGGCGGCGGGGGGGAUAAAUCCAAGCGGAGGGAGACAGGGGGGGGGUAGUUAUGGUUUCUCUCUGAGCUGGACGCGAUGAAGCGGCUCUGCGGGAGUUUGAGGAGGAGAGCUGGGCGGACGGACGGACGCGGGGAGGGAGGAGGAGGUGGAGGAGGAGGGGGGCACCACCACCAGCAGCACCAGCAGCACCAGCACUGCCGCCGCCGCCGAAGCGCACAACGCGGUCCCCAGCCCCUUGGCGCAGGGAUGGAGAGCACAAGAGCGCACGGGGUGACCACCAUGGGGAGUGCCCCACACCGGGGACACCUCCACCUGCAGCGGACUGUGAUUUUCCUCGUCGCGCUCACGAUACAACCGCAGGCUGUGUGGGCUGUUGGGAUGUUCGAGCUCCAGAUCCGUCACUUCCAGAACCCGCACGGAUUUCUGCAGAGCGGAGACUGCUGCGACCUCCAGGCCAGCGGGGGGCAGCGCUGCUCAGCCAGGGACCAAUGUGACACUUUCUUCCAAGCAUGCCUCAAGGAGUACCAGGCCCGGGUCGUCCCAACUGGAACCUGCACUUUCGGGUCGGGAAGCACGGGGAUCCUGGGUGGAAACUCCCAGUCGCUCCGCCACCGAGGACACGAUGGAGGAGGAGGAGGAGGAGGAGGAGGAGGAGAGGAUGGGGCUAAUGGUCACAUUGUCAUUCCCUUCAAAUACGCCUGGCCAAAGUCCUUCUCUCUGGUGUUGGAUGCGAUGGACCAUGACAACGACACGUCAGAAUCAGGUCAGCUGAUUGAGCGAGUGCUCCUCUCCUCCAUGUUGAACCCCGGUGAGCAGUGGCAGACGUACCGUCACCACGGACGGACUCUCAGCCUGGAGUACCGGCUUCGCUUCCGCUGCGAUUCAAACUACUACGGCCCUUUCUGCAACAAGUUCUGCAGGGCUCGCGAUGACUUUUUCGGCCACUUCAACUGCGACCCCAGCGGCGCAAAGGUCUGCAUGGAGGGCUGGACGGGACCCGAGUGCAAAGAGGCGGUGUGUAAGCAGGGUUGUCAUCAGGUCCACGGCUUCUGCACUGAACCUGGAGAAUGCAAGUGUCAUUAUGGCUGGAAUGGCCUUCUGUGUGAUCAGUGUAUGACGUUCCCCGGCUGUGUGUACGGAAGCUGCGCCGAGCCCUGGCAGUGUGUGUGUGACGUCAACUGGGGAGGACUGCUGUGUGACAAAGAUCUGAAUUACUGUGGCACCCAUCAGCCCUGUAAGAACGGCGGGACCUGCACCAACACAGAGCCAAACGAGUACCAGUGUGAGUGCCAGGAAGGUUUCAGAGGAAGAAACUGUGACAUUGUGGAACAUGCAUGUUUGUCAUCCCCGUGUGUCAAUGGCGCCACCUGUGUGGAAGACCCAACAGGCUUCAGCUGCAUCUGUACCGACAGCUGGACCGGACACACCUGCGCUGAUGCGGUGAGGCAGUGUGAUCGGAGCCCUUGUGGACGUGGAGCGACGUGUCAGGAGGCUCCUGGAGGUUACCGCUGCCUCUGCCCACCUGGAUGGACCGGCAGGACCUGCCAGUUGGACACCAACGAGUGUGAAAUGAGUAUCUGCGUCCACGCCCGCUCUUGUCGCAACCUGAUCGGAGGGUACCUGUGUGACUGCCUUCCUGGGUGGACAGGGCCUAACUGUGACAUCAGGAACAGCAGCUGUCAGGGUUUGUGUCUGAACGGCGGACAUUGUGAGGACCAGAUGUCAGGGUCCAGAUGCUUGUGUCCACCUGGCUUCUCGGGGAAAUAUUGCCAAAAUGGUCCGAGUCCUUGUGACAGCGCACCUUGUCAGCAUGGAGGCCAAUGUGUGGAGGAAGAUGGAAAGACCGUCACCUGUAACUGUCCCACAGGAUAUUCAGGAAUCUUCUGCGAGAUCACUUUGGAUCUGUGCAAUCCCAACCCCUGCCAGCAGGGGGCGUCCUGUCACAGCACAGAGGGCAGAUACAUGUGUGCCUGCCCUGAGGGUUACUAUGGUAACGAGUGCAUGAGCCUCAAAAAUCCCUGCAUUGGUCAGCACUGUCCAGGCGCCAUGUCUGACACGACACACGGCGGUGUCAGCUUCUACAUCAUCCUGGUGGGUGUCUUAGCUUUGGUGACGGUCUGUGGCUGCGCUGCCUGCGCCUUCAUCCUCUCCCACCUCCAUCGAAAGCGGAAAAAGCAGCAGGCCGUCCCACAGGAAGAAGGCAUCAACAACCAGAGGGAGUUUGUCAACCUCAUCAGAAACGUGGACCGUCCCGUGCCCCUCCUGCCCCCCGCGGCCGCCCCGCUCGCUCACCCUCCAGCGCCCGCCCCCGUCUCACGUUGCUACGAGGAGAUUGAACUGACCCUGCCGCCCUCUCCUGCACCUUCACACCCUUCUCCGGCUCUGAAGCCAGCUCACGCGCCCAAACUGGACAUUUCAAACCGGGAGAGGGAGAAGUUGAACCGCUUCCACUACACAGACAGCCAGGAACUGGAGGCCUGACCUUUGAACUCUUGGGAGCCUCUGAUUUUUUAUUUUAUUUUGCGUUUUUCGCACUCUCUCGCUCACAGACCUGAUUCUAGUUUUUUGCACUGUGUCUCCGUUGCAGCCAUAAGACAGGCUGACCCCACGACCUUUACGUGCUCAGGUAGCUGUCAGCAGACACCUGAGGAGGAGCAAAGGUUGCUGUAAGCAGAAGGGUCAAAGUCUAACUGCGCUGUCGUCUUUGACCUUAUUUGACGACCAUGAGAAGCAACAGGCGCGUGACGUUUGACUGAAAGAUUUAUCAGACUCUUGAUUUGAUCUGGAGACUUGAGUGCCUGAGAUACUGUCGAGAGGAAAAAGAGGAUCGUUCUCUGUUUCCUGGUCCACGACGCCAUCUGAUUGGUGUUCAGACCUCCAUUUCCGUUUCAGACUGAACUCUGACAGACAGAGAGAUUAACGAAUGGAUGUUUAUUUAACACUUUCCGUGUCUGGUUGUGUGUAAAUGUGUGUGAGAGUGAACUAGAGAAUGUAUAUUAUGAGUGUACAUGUUGGAAAAGGAAGGACAGAGAUGGUUUACUUCAAGAAAAGUAAAACAAAGUUGAUCUACUUGUCAAAGAGAGUUCAUUCUCCUGCUCUGAAGGCUUCGAAGCCUUUUAAAAAACUGUUUUUAAAACUAUACACUGUUGCCUGUAAUGUCUCUGUAAUACUACAGUCUGUCAAAGAUGUAUGAUUUUUUCAUACCUGUGUGUAAAAUAGCUUUUUUGUACAUGGAUAUAUUGUACAUAUUGAUGCCCUUUUUGUACUGUGGUUUGGUCUGGAAGUAUCACUGUUUUCCUUUGCUCUGUUUGUCCCAUUUUGCUUUCCAUUUGGAGCAACCAGCACAUGUGGAUUGUAAUAAAAGUGCAUUUACCGAC